UAUGAAACAAGUUAAUAAAAAAUGAAGAGUAUCAUCUCAUCUUGAGAAUUGACCAAAGGGACACAAUCUAAGGUUCUUUUCAUUUUCAUUCUUCAUUAUGGCUGAGGGAAGAAGUAAUCUCAAUUUUCAGGUAGAGUCGACCAAAAACUCUGGUGACCAAGAAAACUUUCCGCGCCAGGAUUGUCCAGUUGGUCUCAGCAGACACCCACAGACACAUGGCAGCGGUGGAGAAGCUUCUCAGAAGGCAGACUUGGCCGAGUCUAAGUUGGUGGACGUGAAGCAAGGAACCAAGACAGUGAGUGAGUACCUUGAAGAGUUCCUUGAGAAGAGCAAGACCCUUGAAAGAGAGUGUGACGAAGAGGAGCUGGCUUGGAUGUUCCAGAGAGGGCUACGUCAGGAGUUGCAGGAAGGAGUUCGUGCAGCGAAUUGUGGAUGGAUCCUCUGUUAUGUGUCAGAUGUAGCAUAUGAAGCUGAGCUGAUAGAGGCCAAACUUGAAAGCACCAAGGGAAAGCUUCCCCUCGUAUUUGACGAGUCUACAAAUGUCGAGUGUGGACAGAACUCAUCCAAGGACGAGGCAUAAGGCUUUUGAGUCGUGUGGAUUAUGAUUUGGUUUUAACUUUGGGUUUUCCUUUCGUUUGUUUUGUGAUU